UUCAAUGAGCAUUUUAGCAGUCGAAGGUUCGGGCUGCUGCUGCUACGGCGAUCUCUCUUGGUCUUAAAAGCCUCUGGACUUACAAUAAUGACUAUGACAAGACUGGCAGUCGCGAGUGUCUGACUGAUUAAAGCCACGCCGCAGAUCUGGAAGAGAAAGAGUCUUUCUGCUCGCUGUGACAGCACGAGGCUGAACUGUCAUCACGUUGAAUGCUGUGAACACAUCCACCAUGAGCAAGUCAACUCUGGGAGUGGUCUUCUUCGUUUUGGUGUUGAUGUAUGGUGAGGGUGCAAAGGAAAAUGGACAAAAGAGUAAAAAGCCAAAGCAAAACAUACCUCAGAUAGACUGCGAUGUCCGAGCUGGGAAGAUCAGCCUCCCAGAAUUUCUGGCCAAGUGCCCAGCAGGAUGCCUGGAGACAAAAGAGCCGGUGUAUGGCACUGAUAUCUAUGCCUCCAUCUCCAGUGUUUGUAACGCAGCAGUCCACAGUGGAAUAAUAUCUAAUGCUGGAGGGAAGAUCCUCGUGAGGAAGGUGGCAGGCCAGGCCGCCUACAGGGGCAGUUUCUCCAAUGGGGUCCGAUCCUUGUCUCUUCCCAAAUGGCGCGAGUCGUUCAUAGUAGCAGAGGGGAAGGCUAAAAAGGGUGUGACCUAUCCGUCAGUCCUCGAGUUUGUCUCUGCAAGAACCUCAACUGGGAAAACUGAUCCCAAAAAAUCGGAACAGGAAACAAAGAACACAAAGCAUUCUGGGACCACUUUGGAGAAAAGCUCAGAACAAGCAGUACAGAAAGACGUCAAGGCUACGUCAGUGGCAGUAAUUGUGCAGACAACCACAACACCGGAGCCAACAACCUCUGAAGUGACCACCAGCACCACCAAACCAACAACUCCUGCAACGACUCUUCCUCCUCCUCCUCCUCCACCAACCACCUCUGCAGCAACAUCUACUAGCACAGCCAAACCUCGGGUCGUCGCACAUAAAAUCAGAGAAGCAGGGAGCAAUCAGCAGCUCUUUGCCUCUCUACUCGCAGCAGCGAGCUCAAGGCAGGCCCAGAAUCAAGGAAAGCCACCUCCACAAGUAUUCAGGGGCUCGUCCAGCUACGCAAGUAGAAAUGUACCUCGCACUAAUCCAGGCAUUCGGAGACAAGAACCUGCUGUUGUGUACAAAAGGCCCCCUGCAGCUGCUGCCAGUUCUCCAUAUAAUCGGGUGAGCCAGGCCUCCCUCGAGAGGAGCCAGCACUCUGCCCAGUCCAACCCCACUUUCUCUAGAAGGGACUGGCAUCACAGUUAUCAAAGGCCCGACUGGUACACUGGAAUCAGGAAGCAGACAGAUGUCAGCUCCGUUGUUCCCGAUUCUGGCCAUACUUGGACAGAAGUGGAAAACGCUCACACUCCAGUUCAGAGCUCUAAACCUGGAAUCUCUGAAUUUGAUCGUUGGGUUCUCAGCUUGAGACAAAACACUCCCAGAUCUGGAGAACUGGAUAAAAGCCGCAAAAGUGUACCAGAGGUAUCGGAUACAAAAGCAGACAGCAUUGAUCCUUGGAGGCCAGAAGGAGAUACAUUAUUCACAGGUUUUCCUGCAAGAGAACAAGACUCAGCCCCUCAAGCUCCGGAGCCCGCGUCGCAGGGCAAUCCAAAGUGCAAAGUGGACAUCGCGUUCCUGAUGGAUGGGAGCUGGAGCAUUGGAAAGCGGCGCUUCAAAAUUCAGAAGGAGUUCCUGGCGGAGAUUUCUCAGGCUUUGGAUGUGGGAAUAGCAGGGCCCAUGCUGGGUAUCAUUCAAUACGGGGAUGAUCCUGUGACAGAAUUCAACUUGAAAGUUCACUCCAGUUCCCGGGACCUGAAACUCACAAUUGACAAGAUUGUACAGAAAGGAGGACAGUCCAAUGUCGGUAAAGCCCUCUCCUAUGCCAACAAAUACUUCUUCAGCGAGGCAAGUGGGAACCGCGGUGGAGCACCUAACAUCGCUGUGGUGUUGGUUGAUGGCUGGCCGACUGACAAGGUGGAAGAAGCUUCCCGUCUAGCCAGAGAAUCUGGAAUUAAUAUCUUCUUUGUCACUAUCGAAGGACCGGAUGAAAAUGAGAAGCAAAACGUGGUGGAAGCAAGCUUCGUGGACAAGGCCGUUUGCAGGACAAAUGGUUUCUUCUCUUUGAACGUACCAAGCUGGUUUGCCUUACGGAAGACGGUACAGCCCCUUGUGAAGCGAGUCUGCGACAUCGAUCGACUUGUGUGCAGCAAGACCUGUCUGAAUGCUGCCGACAUCGCCUUUGUCAUCGACGGCUCUAGCAGCGUUGGCACAGGGAACUUCCGUACGGUGCUGCAGUUUGUGGCCAAUGUCACCAAGGAGUUUGAGAUCUCCGAUACGGACACAAGAGUGGGCGCAGUCCAAUACACCUACGAGCAGAGACUGGAGUUCUCCUUUGGCCAGUACAACAGCAAACCAGAGCUUCUCAAUGCAAUCAAACGCAUCAAUUACUGGAGUGGAGGGACGAGCACGGGGGCAGCCAUCACCUUUGCCACAGAGCAGCUCUUCAGCAAGUCAAAGCCAAACAAACGCAAAAUCAUGAUUGUCAUCACAGAUGGAAGGUCAUAUGAUGAUGUUCGUGCUCCUGCACUUGCUGCCCAUCGCAGUGGUGUGAUUGCAUAUUCAAUUGGGAUUGCAUGGGCAGCCCAGGAGGAACUGGAAUACAUUGCCACCGAUCCGGACAAAGAACAUUCCUUUUUUGUGGACGAGUUUGAUAACCUCUAUAAGUUUGUUCCCAAAAUUAUUCACAACAUUUGCCAGGAGUUCAAUUCACAGCCACGGAACUAACAAGCAACAGAUGCUGUCACGUAUUAUUUGCUAAUAGACUUUUCACCUUACUGGAAGCAAAGCUAGAAAAUCACUGAAGAAAAAAUGUUAAAAUGUCUUCUGACAAUUGUGUAUUUGUCUUUGUUAAAAAUCCUGUAUCCCCUGGGAAGCUUUCUAGUUUAGGGUUUGUUCUGAACAUCGGAAUGACUUGCCUGUUAACAGCUUUCUUUAGAGGAAACAACAGCAAAACUGGUUUUGGCAUUCAAGAAUGGCUGACAGUAGAAGAUGAGGAUGAUGGGAUACAUCUCUGAAAAAAUGACUGGCGGUGAGGAGGAGCACCAACAUGAGCUCUGCGAUGAAAGACAGAAACACAGUGGACAACAUGAAUUGCAGUUAGCGUCUUCUCUUGUCAAACUUCUACUGGUAAGCUUCUUAAACUAAAGCUUGAUUGUUAAAGAACUGAGGGGUCACGUGUGGAGAGUGCCGGGCUGCUUCUGAUGCAGUUCAUGAGGGGCAACAAUGGCUGCAGGCUUUCAUUGUAAUCAGAUACUUAGCUUGUUUAUUUUUUGAUUUGUGAAUUAGGUGUUAACUAAAGAUAUGAAAACUUAAGAAAAGCCACAUAUUAAUUUCGUGACAUGCUGGUUCCCUUAAGUGGCUCUUGAACCUCUGCCGUGUCCAUCAGCGUUUUUCAGUCACCGUUCAUCCGCAUUUUCCAUUGAGGAAUACGAGGCUGACAUUUUACUUUACCGGACCUGAAAGAAUAAAGAAUAGAAUGGAAACAUCAAAGAGACAACAUGUACAUCUAUAAUCCAAAAUUUUAAAAAUAACUCCGGUUAACUAAAUUGUGUAAAAAAUAAAAAAACAUACAUUAAAACUAUACAUUGAAUUAGGCAAAGCAGCACAUUUAUUGUAAUGCAUUUGCUACAAAUGUUUGAGAUGCACCAGCUGUUGGAAUGAUAAAUGCAAUGAAUUUUAUUACUACAUGCAUUAUGAAAUAUAUUCCAACAGAGGGUGCACUGCGAACGUUAACACUGAGGUCUAUGCUGAUUACUUUACUACUUUACAGCUAGUAGUAAAUAAAAGAAUAGUACAUCACAAUUUUGAAUAGAAUCUAUAUCUUGAUGAUGAGCCCAAACACUCACCCCGACUUGUGUCAGGAAGCACUGACAUAAUUAAGGAAUUAAAUAAAGGUAAUUCUUUAAAGUAGUAUUAUUGAGCAGCAGGCACCCAGAAUUUAAAGGAUUAAGCAGUGGACUACUUCCACCAUGGUAAUGCACCAUGUCACAAAGCAACAGGCAAGUAAACUGGCUUCAUGACCAUGACAAUAACUUCUGUAUUCUUCAGGGACCUUCUCUGUCAUUACAUCUGCAAAUCCAAGUGCAGGAAACUCCUUUGGAGUGUGAAGCUGACAAAUCUGCACAAAGUGUGUGAGGCAAUCAUGUCAACAUGGACCAGAAUCUCAGUGGAAUAUUUCCAACAUCCAUGCCAUAAAAAGUAGACAGACAAUGGUUUUAAAUAUUAUAUUUUCUUCACCAGAACUAUUAAGACAUAUACUGCGAUAGCCCAAUAAUGUAGGACCACCCAAAAAAAAAAGAAAGAAAGUGAAGUUAAUAUAAUCAAAUUAUCUGAGUCAAAACUACAGACGCCAGGGCUGUGCCAUUUCAUUCUUUUUUUAAAUUGCUUUGUUGAGAUAAUGGAAUUAUUGAAGAAAUGCAAUAUCAUUAGUAUUUUUUGUAUCCUUUUCUUGAGAGUUUCAGAAAACGAAACGUAACGUGUGCUUCUGUUGAGUUUGCUAACACUUGACAAUAACUGGAAAGCCAGCAAUGACGGCAACGGAUGGAAACUCGUGCGAUACGCACACAAACAGAAGCUCAUCUGCAUCGCGAGUUUCUGCUAGCUGUGUAAUUGUGUCGUUUGAUUCGGUGGGUGUCUACUUCACGUUGUUUUGUGUCAAACUGCAAUGGCACGACUCCGGAGAUCCGACCUGAUUAUUUUUGGGUAAACCCUCCGUCUCCUGUUGUGAGCUGAUCACAGCACUCCAUGUGCCACGUGUCAUUUGGUCCCCUUCAUUGGGGUCUCCUGUGUCUUCUCUGCAGAAGGCCCCCUUAGUCCAAAAACAGAGUCCACUUCAAACACAAGAUCUUAAGUGACCCACAACCCAGUCAUCAUACGGCAUCCGUUACGCUAAACAACAAGCUAUAGGCUUCAGGAAACAUUCUGUUAUCUCGCUAUCGUAAAGAAAUCGUUUGGUUAUCUCAAGAAAACAAAGUUUCAUUUUCUCAGGAUCUCAAAAAAACUAUUCUGUUAUCUGAAGAAAACAAAGUGGAAUUUUUGGGAGAUCUUGAGAAAAUUAUUCCAUCAUGUCCAGAAAAGAAACUUUUGUUUUCUUGACAUCUCAAGAUAAUUAUUCUGUUACCUUGUGCAAACAUACAAAAACAUUGAAUUGCACUUCUUUGAGAAACUGAUUCCAUUAUCUCAAGGAAAUAAAAAAAGUUACACUGUACGUCUUUGCUUGGCUUCCAUACUAAACAGUUAAACAGCCUGCUCUGAAAACACAGCGAUCAUAUUUAAAAAAUUUUUCAGUGCUUACCAGGCAGGGUCCCCAGUAAAAUUGGGCUUUAAUCCAACAAAACAGAAAUGUCUUUUAAAACUAAGAAAAUAGUCGAUUUAACUGAAAAACUUCCCAGAGUUCCCAGCGUAUUAACGAUACGAAGCGUUUACAAGCAAGUAGUCAGAUUAAUGGAGAUGAAGGCGAUCAGGUCUGAUGUGAUCACACCGAAGCACACUAGUGUGAGUGAAUGAGGAGGCUUGACAGCGCAAACCGAAAUGAAGUACUAAAAGGGCGUCUGUGCUGGAAAAAAAAUCGAAGAUACCACGUCAGCCGCAGACAUUCAAAUAACGAGCUUUGUAACAUUCUAAGAAAUGCUGAUGCCAUUAUGAAGAUGGUUAGGACUGUUGAGAACACGACAACUAGGACAUAGACAAGUAACAACAACGCGGCAUACUAGAAACUGAGUAUGGUGGUUUCCUGUAAUUGUUAACAGCUCAUAAAAGUAGGAUGACAGCAGACACUUUUACACAAAUAGCUUGUUUGGUCAUCACGGCCAAGCAUUCUGCACACACAACAUCAAAAUGAAGAUCGUCUUUCUGCAAUUGAAUAACAAGGACUUUGGUGAUCUUCUGUGAAAGGCCGAUGCUGGUCGGCGUUGUCCUAAAACUUUAGAAGCCAACCAGAUACAAUAUCUUGUCGUUAGGAUGAAGAUGUAGGCGAGUUUAAAUAAAUCGUUUCCAGUGGUCACUUCUGACGCCACCGGUGAGUGAUGCUGGCCUACACGUCAGAUUAUUCCAUUGUUUCCAAACUUUCCAGUGGGAGGAAAAAUCUGCAGCCUUACAAAACUUUAUUGAAGCCCCUGCUUUGUAAAUGAGAACAGAAUCGAGUGUUCUGUGAAUAUCAAAAAGUCUCUUUUGUGCUUCAGUAUGGAAAAAUAUACCAUCUAUGCCAUUUCGCUCCCUCACUCUUUAUACAGUAUAUAAUGACUAUAUGUCUAUAAAUAUUUUGUUUUUUGUUUUUUUUUUAAUAUCUUAACAAAUAACCAGUGUUAAAAUUGUUUGGUUAGAUGUCCUGAACAUAAAUCAACAUUCACUGCACCAUGUCACAAUGCUCACCUCUGCAGGUAGUAGUCGAUCCAAGUCAAAAUAUCAAACAAUAAAUUCCUUUAAUAACUGGACAUGUAACACAGCCAAUCAGGGAGCUGGAAGCCUAACGCAAUCCCCACCCCCCAAAUGGGGCAACACGUGAGGCCAGCCAUCCAGCAGCAGUGGCGUCACAACACAGCGAGCGCCUCGACGUCCACCACAAGAGCACACGCUUCACGGGAAAGCAGCUUCUGCAUUAGCCUCGUCUGAAAAAGACAAAAGGAGCAUUAAUAGUCUUUUCCAUGUUACUUGUAUAUUUGUUAAUAUUAAAAUUGUAUUUUAAUGUGACAAAUAUCUAUUUUGUGCUUUAUAUACAACAAAAAAAUGACUGUAAUCUUUUUGCAAUAAAAAGCCAAAAAUGUUAAAUGU